UUAGCCCAAUCAAUUCUUAAGACUCUCUAAACCGGCAGAAGAGCGCUAGCUGACCUCACCCCAUUCUCUGGAACCUGAUCGACGGCUCAAUACUGACCAGCAAGUAGAGCCGUGAGAAACUGAGAGCCAUGGAGCAGAAAUUCAACCCAGAGACAGCUAGGGUCUACCAUUUUCGGUAUAUGAGGGAGUACCGCGCUAUAUGCGUUCUGUGGGGGCUACUUUCUAUUAUUUGGUGUAUUCUGAAUCUCGUGGCCUUCGUCCAGCCACAAUGGAUUGGAGAUACCCCCUCGUCUCCGGGGUUUGGCCACGUUGGUGUGUUCCAGCACUGCUACCCCGACAACUCCCAGGGAAUCUACGUGUGCAGUGGGUCUUUCACCACUUUUGAUUCCAUUCUCAACGAUUCUUUCCGAGCCACGACGUUUUUCGUUGGAGUUUCGGCCCUCCUGAUGUUGAUCACUGUGGCUGCUUUGUUGCUGUUCUUCUGCUUCAAGAAAACAUUCGUCUUCUACUUUUGCGGCAUUAUGGAACUGAUUUCAGCGGUCUUCAUGUUCUUGGCCUGUGUGAUCUACCCAAGCGGCUGGAACCAGUACGAGGUCAGACAGAUCUGCGGUGAGUCCUCGGGGGAGUACCGCCUCGGGGCGUGUAACAUCAGGUGGGCUUACAUCCUGGCCAUUCUCGGAAUCUUCGAUGCUGCUAUUCUCUCCAUUUUGGCUUUCUUCCUUGCUGCCAAGCGGGCAAAGCUGGAUUACAGCACAGCAUCUGGAGCUGUCACCAAAUCGGACCUGAAUGGAUACUCAGCAGAAACCAUGUCUAAGCGCUCCAUGCCGAUCCAGCCCGUCGUGACAGUUCCAGACCAAGAGCGUGUCGCUGCAUACUCCGAAUACUCCCAGUCCACAAAGCGUCAGGGAGCCUCAAACUUCCAGCUGUAAACCGCCUGUAAACACAUGGCUGUAAACACAUGGCUCCUGUAAAGCCGUAAACGAACCUCUCACAGAAGCAUUUUGAGCAUAUGAAAUCUACACAAAUAUUUGAUGGUUUCUAGAUUAAGGGAGUGAAUGAACAUUAUCUUGAAAGUUGUUUUUUUUAUGAUAUUUUUUUUUUUUUGAAAUAUAGAUAUUUUUAUAGAUUCCACCAGUGUUUGAAAUAGGAUAUUAUUUAUAGGUACAUAUAUAACUUUGAAACCAUUAGGGUGUUAAACAAUUUUCUGUUUCUGUAUGUGUUUCUGUUUUCAUUCGAAAUUAUCUAAAUUUGUGUGUCAUUUCAGUAUGUCAUCAAUGUAUAGUGCUAACUGUAAUACAGUGUAUUUAUUGGCCAGUGGUCAAAGAUAAAAAGGCCUGUAAAUAAUUUACAAGUAUUCAUUAAAAUUCUAAUUUGUUUUUCAAAACAUAUAACUUUUUGUUUGAACUAUCUGUAACUAUUUAAACCUCUGAAGAAAAUAUUUUUAGUAAAACAAUGCAUGUACAUCGUUUUCCAUCUCAAAAAUUAAUCUUUUGAAAGGAAAUAAACCAUGAUUUCAGAUAACAAGAGUUAAUACUUUUAAAUAAUACAAUGUCCACGAUAAAAUCAAUGUUAUAAUAUCCAGAUACUGGACAUCAUUCAGAGCACAAAAGUUGCUAUUUUUAAUUGUUAUACUUUCAUGUUAAAUACU